GAACAGCAGCGAAACACGGAGUACAGUAAGUGAAAGAACGCCGCCAAGAACGAACGUCUCUCGGCCCACUCUGUGUGUUUUGUGAACGGUUAUUUUUUUUCUCAUUAUUUCUUCUGAGCUCUGGCUGCUUAGUGGAAGCACGCGUGUGUUACACUUUUCCUUCCAUUCUUUCUUUGCCCGCCCUGCGGGCUCAAGUUGUGAUCAAGGCAGCAGCAGGUUUGGACCUUCGCGGAGCGAAGAAGAGUGUUUCCGGUGGAUCGAGAGUGCGAUGCGAGUUCAGUUCCGUUUCCGAGUUCGCAGAGAUUGGAUUAACACUGAAAACGACAACAACAACAACGCGAUUCGCCAACACAAAGUAGUAACCGGUGAACAACAACAACAAUGUGAAGUUUGAACGACAACUCUGGUGUGUUUAUCAGGCGGCUGUCAGAAUUUUGAAACCAACAAAUAAUAAAUAUAUACACAGUGCAAUAUUUUCCAAGAUAGCAUUUAAGGAGGAGCAAUUGUUAAGUUAAGGAUUAAGUGAUUUGCGAAAAAAGAGAAGCGCUAAGCUUGCAGAUGCGGAAUGGAUAAGUGAGCAAGCGAGAGCGUUGAAAAACGGAAAUGUUAAGCAGAAGUGUUUCGUGAUCUGGAUUACAAUGGCCCAAAAGUGAUGUCCGUUUUUUUUAAAUCGUUUUUUGAUGAAAAAGGAGUAGUGUUUCGCAACUGAUAUGAUUACUAAAGGAACAACGCAAGUGAACGACGCGUACCCACAGUAGUGACACACGGAAGGAAACAGUUUGAGCGUGGAUUUUGUGUUGAUCUCCGGAUCCGGAGCAGAUUGAAAGUUAGUUGUUAUCUUUGCCGUCGUCACAAUGCCCAAGAUCUUCCUGAUCAAGAACCGGCUCCACCAGCAGCAGCUGCGUGUGCUCGAGUCCCAGAAGCAUGCCCUCGAGGGGGAUGCUAACGAACCACUAUCGCUGGUGUCCCGCAAAAGGGAAGCAACAGUUCGUACCAUCUUCGGCGAGGAGAACCGCCUGAGUCCACCCUGUCGCGAGGGAUCCACCUCGCCAUCAUCCUCGAUUUUCUCAUCCGCCAACAACAAUGCAGCGGUCCACAACUUCUCCAGCGUCGUUGGAAGCAACUCGCCGCCGCCGCCACCGCCGUCCUCAUCAUCAUACUCACGAUUCCUGCAGCGCACAAUUGCCAAAGAACAACAACAGCCACAACCACAGCAGCCGGACGUCACCCCGGUUCGGCGAUUCUUCUCGUCGAUCCUGGGCGGUGAGAUUCCGUACGGGAGCCGUGGACACGUCCUCACCCAGGCCGAGCGCAAGGAGUAUCCUCCUCCAAGCCGUCCGGCAGUUCCACCACAGCCCCAGCUGGAGAAGAAGGAACCACCACACAGUAGCGGCAGCGAGCCAACCCGGGAAGAACGCAAUGUGCUCACCGAGGAGCGUCGUCCGGUGGUGACGAUCGAGCCACCUCGAUCACCGCCCCCGAAGGAGCGCAUUCCAUCGCCACCGCCGGCGCCCGGUCCGGUGGUACGAUGUUCGGUUAUUCAGCGAGCUCCAACGGCAGUCUGCUCGUCGUCUUCGUCGUCGCCCCGACAGAGUGGCCUGGAGAGCAGUCCGAAGGCGGUCGAUCUGAAGGUGCGCGCUCCCGAGCUGGAACCCGAGCAGGAGCAACCGAUCGAUUAUCACGUGCCGAAGAGGAGCGAGGGCGGGGAGAGUGCGUGCAAAGAGGGAGCCAACAACAAGAAGGAGGACGAAGAGAAGGAGAGACGGAUGCGUGACGCACGAAGGGCCGCAAUUCUGCACAGACACUUCCUGUCGAUGCGUGCCCAUCGAUACGGGAAACUGAAUGGGAUUAUGCAAGCCGCAGCGGGACAUGGUCGGUCAUCGAACGGGGGCGGACAGACCGGAGGUACUCACAGCGGCGGUGGUAAUGUUAACUUCUCGUCGAGUUCAGGAGGAUCUAGUGGAGCCAGCGGAGCUGGCGGUGGCGGUGGUGGUGCAAUUGGAGGGGGUGGCGGCGGAGGAGCUGGAGGUGGUGGCAUGGGAGGAGGUCGUGAUGGACGCUCCAACUAUGGACCGAACAGUCCCCCUACCGGAUCGCUGCCACCAUUCUACGAGAGUUUGAAGGGGGGGAACGCGGGUCUGAAUGGGUACAACGCAAACGGGGGCUUCCUGAACUCCAACUGGACCAACAUUGAUUGCGACACCACGCAAGACCUCACCAACCUGGGAGCGUACGGAGAAAGUGCUGUGAACAGCAGUAACCCAUCGAAACAAUACUCAAUGCUACAGAAUGCCUACGGGAUUGCCCUGAAAGACGAAGCCGAUCUGGACUAUGAUUCUAAAAUCGACUCACUGUCGAAUCUGUACGGAAACUAUGACGUCAACGAUUCCAUGAUGGUCGACAUGAACGGAGUGGGUGUUGAUCCGCUCCAGUUCACAGCAACUCUCACGUUCUCAUCCCCAGGAGACAACGCCCUGUUGGACAGUUUUACGGACGCGGUGGAUUUGAGUCACUUCCUGAACCGACUCCCAUCCGAGGAUCACUCGAGCAACUGCAACGAUCUUGAACUCACCUCGACGCCUUCGCUCACACCGGACUCCGUGGCAACCUCCCUUCAGCAGGUGGACGCCGUCGAUGGUCUUGAACAGUACCCCGAACAUCUUAUGCUCACCCGCAGCUACAGUACCAACUUCAACAACAACAACACCCACAAAUACAUGCACCAGCACCAGCACCAGCAGCAGCAUCCGGACCACCCACCCAGCUACCAAACUCCCCACCAGUUCCAAUCGCUCAGCAGCUUCGACCUCGACUCCCACAGCAAUCUGUCGCUACCAUCGCCCAACAGCAACUCCCUCCAGUCACCCUCGUCCUCGUCGACGCCACCUUCGUCAUCCUCGGCGGCAGCAGCAGCUGCUGCUGCGGCUGCGGCCGCUGCCGCCAUGGCCGCUGGUCUACCCGGCCAUGGUCACCACACAUCCGCCGCACUGGUAGGAGCGCCCGGAGUCGUGACGGCGCCACCACCGGCCGUUGUCGCCUCCACCAUCCAAAACGUAAGUCGAAUCUCCAACAGUAGUAGGGCCGACAGCCGCCGGUCAUCGUCGUUCUAUCACAUUUCUUCCUCCACUGCCGCCGCCGUGGCCGCGACAUCGACGACGACUCGGUCGUCACUCUCACCGUCGUUGUCGUCGUCACCGUCACUAUCGGUCUCGCUGUCGUCCUCACCGGCUUCACCGUGCUCAGUGGCGACCGGCGCCACAACCCUGUCCUCACCGCCUCUGUCCACCAUUCCCCUGUCUCCGAUUGUGGCCGACGUGAAAUUGAAUGUCUUACAGCAAAGGCUUGGCCUACCAGCGGAAGUGCAGCUCGAGUUCGUCAACGGUGGCCACGGCAUCAAGAACCCGCUGGCCGUGGAGAACGUCCCCGGAAGGAUCCGGGACGAGGACAAACACCAUACCAAAUUGCUGCUGCAGCAGCAGCAACAGCACCAGACCGAGAUACUCAAGAUGGACGACGGAAGCUGCGGUUCGGGCAGCGGUGGAGCCGGCUCGGGUGGUGAACACCACCACUCCGGCGGUGCCAACGGCAGCAGCAAGUUCGUCUGCCGGAUAUGCCAGAAGUCGUUCACGCUGCAGCGGUUGCUGAAUCGGCACAUGAAGUGCCACUCGGACGUCAAGCGCUACCUGUGCACGUUCUGCGGCAAGGGCUUCAACGACACGUUCGACCUGAAGCGACACACCCGGACGCACACCGGCGUCCGGCCGUACAAGUGCAAUCUCUGCGAGAAGUCCUUCACCCAGCGCUGCUCGCUGGAGUCCCACUGUCUGAAGGUGCACGGCGUUCAGCAUCAGUACGCGUACAAGGAGCGUCGCACGAAGAUGUACGUGUGUGAGGAGUGCGGCCACACCACCAACGAACCCGAGGUGCACUAUCUGCACCUGAAGGAGAAACAUCCGUACUCGCCGGCCCUGCUCAAGUUCUACGACAAGCGCCACUUCAAGUUCACCAACUCGCAGUUCGCGAACAAUCUGCUCGGUUCGUUCCCGAUGCCGGUGCAGAACUAGAGUAGGCCUCCGCCUCCUGGUCCAGAGCAAUCGGUCACGUGUGUGGAAGAGACAGAGAGAGAGAGAGAGAGAAAACAAAAGACGAUUUGAACAGUGUGCAUCGCAAUAUAGAAAAACAGAGACAGAGAGAGAGAGAGAGAGAGAGAAUGAAAGAAAGAGUAUUAGAAAAGGCAAAACAAGUAAAGCAAAAGAAAAAAAGGACGAGAGAAAAUGACACCCAGAGUACGCGCUGCUUUCCCCAACCGCCACCACCACCCUAGCGAGAGAUAUUUAGCGUUUAGGUUCGCGAAAUCCCCACAGAGUGGGCGCGCGUUUUGCUAACGCGCCGCCCCCUUGCGACGAGGGGAGUAGGGGAGGAGACAAACACACUAACAAUUAUUUAUUUGCUGCAAUAUUAUUUUAUAUUCUUACUAAUCGCGUAGGCAUUUAAGGUUUACUAUUACGCGCGGCGCGCGUUUGCGCGCUGGAACGUCCGACAGUGGAUGGGAAGGGUAGGUGGCCCGGGGGAAAGAUACAGGGAAAGAUCUCGCGUACACCCUGAGGAAGGAUUAGUAAAGAGAAUUUCUAAGGUUAAGGCUUUCUAUAGUUUAAUGUUUUUUGUUUUAAGUUUUUCGAUUCAUUCUCAAACGAAGUUAUGAACAAAGUGUUGAACAUUAUUGAUAACCGCACUCUAGGCGAAUGGAAUAUAGGAGAAAAAGAAGAAGAGGAAAGCUCUUUAGGGAAUUGAUUAGCAGAAGCGCAUCGAUAGAAGAAAUUGAAGGAAGAGGAAAAUGUUGCGGCUGAGAUGAAAAUUUCUCGUGCCGCGGUCGUGUAAAUUAGUGAUUUUUUUUAUUCGAUAUAAUAUGAGAUAUGCUCUGGCCCUCCGUUGCUGCAGCAGUAAUUGUAGUAGGCUCUGGCUGGCUGGUUCGCUGCCACGUAAGCAUACAUUGUUUUCUACUUAUUAUUAUUAUUAUUGCUAUUAUUAUUUUUUUAUGAUUAGAAAUACUAUCAGUGAAAAUAGAGAGAGAGAGAAAGGUUAUCUCUGAUACUUUUCGUAUUGUACUGUACCGAACGCGGUGUUGUUGGUUUGUUUGGCUUUUUACUUGGGAAAUUUCCUUCGGGGUGUUGUGUGUCAUAGCGACGGGAAAGGUUUGGUUCGGGGGGAAUUCUAUCCGACUUUGAUUGGAGAGAUAAUUCUCUUCCGUGUAAGGAAAAUCUAUCUCAUUUUGCACUUUCACUACAUUCGUGUUGUUGUUGAUUGUUUUUUUUCUGGAGAUUUCAGUUCGUUUAAUUCAUACAUUUUAUCGUUCUCUGUUGUUGAGGUUUUAUAAAAUUUUGUAAAGAGGAUGGUGAUGUCAUGGAUAAGGUUAUCAACUCAGGUAAACUCUCUGGAACAACUCGACAUGGUCGAUGAGGUAUAUAAUGUGGAGAUCCUUCUUUUCCGAUGAUGAUAGCUGGAAUUUAUCCAGUUUCGUCAUAAUUCUCAUUUUCUGUCUGAAACAAAGAUUGUACUGAAGUUUUCCAGAUUCCAGUUUAAGAUUUUACGCCGCAGAUAGAACCUCAAUUUACUCAACUCAGGAAUUUCCUUAUCGUCUUCGAUAGCUGAGCAUAGGCAUAACUUGUGAACGUCCGACAUCCGAAUCGUCCGUGUCGUUAGAUGUUUUAUAGUCAUGUUGUUCAACUUCAAGAGGGUUGUGAUUUGAACUAUCGAAUGGCCAAAAUUUUCUUCAUCCAAACUCUGUGAUUUCCAGCAGUCAGCAUUGGGUCCGUUUGACGUAGGACAAUGCGCCCCAUCCAGCUGUAGAACAACAUGUUGAUCAAAAUAAAAGCUGGGCUUCACCCGAGAAAGCAUCUGGUACUUUAAAAUACGGUAAAAUUCGGUAUCGAUUUUCACGCAAACAUCAAUAAAUACAGGAUUUAUUUUCAAACUAUAAGACUCCACUAAGCUGAACAUCAUGAGUCCCGAGGGAUGUUUCGUUUGACAUUUCUGGUUUACACUCUCUGUAACAGCUGUUAUGGCGGGUUUACAUUAGGGAGAUCUAUAGCUAUAGAUGGAUUUAUUCACGUGAAAAUAGGUGUAAACGGGUGAGAAUAAAUAUGAUACACUUAUUCGAGGUAUAUAUAACUUGAAUAAAUUCAGCAUAUGUAAACGCUUGUGAAUUUCUCACUGGUGAGAAAUCACAAAAGUUGGAUGCAGUUCUACUUCAGGUGAAUAAAUUCACCGAAAAUAUGAAUAUAUUCAUUAUAGAAGUUCACGGUAGUGUAAACGAUUGAUGCGAUUUCUAUAAAUCUCAUCAUAUUUCUUCACAUGAAUAUAUCCCUAGUGUAAACCCACCCUUAGACGCAAGAUGAAUACUGAAAAUUUUUUUUUUAUCCGAGAAUAGAAUUAGGGAAACACUAGCAGACCUGGCGAACUUCGUCACGUAUAGAAAAGAUUUGUGAUAUGAAUACAUUCGAACAUUCGCAUUUUCUUACCUAAGCUUACUUCAAUCCCAGAACAAUUAAUUAAUACAUUUUUUUAUUGGCCGUUGUAAAAUUUUAUCUUUCUAUAAAUUUUCUAAUGAGCGAAUUUCAUGCCAACUCGUCUUAGGAGUUGGCAGCACCAUCUCCGAUAGCAGCGAAACGUUGUGGGUGUAAACACAUGGGUCUUUAAAACAACUUUGCAUACUUGAAAUAUUAAAAAAAAUUAGACUACUUUUUUGAAAGGGCCACCAUUUUUUUCUUGUUUUUUUUUACAAAAAAAUAUAUAACUCAAAAACUAUGAUACCUACAAAAUUCGGGUCAAAGGAUAAAAUGUAGAAAAUUGUUUAAUUUUUCAUAAAAAAAACCCCAAUUUUUAUUUGAAAAAAAAAUAUUUUAACUCUUUGGAGAAGGGGGAGCGCGAUAGCGCUCCUUUUAUUAAAUGGUGUGUCACAUCAAAUUGCAUCACGGAAAAAACGCUGUAGAAAUUCGCUCAGUAGACCGAUCCUUUUGAAAUUUUUAGACAGUAAAAUAAAAACUAUUAAACAACUUUUGGCAUUUUCUUUUUAUUCAUACUUCGAGCCCAAGCCCGUAUGCUCACACCUUUCUCUUUACCCCGUCCAUAAGGUUCUGUACAACGUCAGGUUGUAGUUUUUUUUUUGAACAGAAAUCCAUUUUCUCUUGAAGUCCGCCUCCGAUUUGACAACUUUUGGGUUCUUCCGGAGGGCCUGCUUCAUAAUCGCCCAAUAUUUCUCUAUUGGGCGAAGCUCCGGCGCGUUGGGCGGGUUCAUUUCCUUUGGCACGAAGGUGACCCCGUUGGCUUCGUACCACUCCAGCACGUCCUUUGAAUAGUGGCACGAAGCGAGAUCCGGCCAGAAGAUGGUCGGGCCCUCGUGCUGCUUCAAUAGUGGUAGUAAGCGCUUCUGUAGGCACUCCUUUAGGUUUCCGCAAGAGCAGAUCGCUUGCCACACCAUGUACUUUUUGGCAAACUUGGAUAGUUUCUGCUUGCGAAUCUCUUCCGGAACGCUGAAUUUGUCCUCUGCGGAGAAGAACAACAGGCCCGGCAGCUGACGAAAGCCCGCUUUGACGUAGGUUUCGUCGUCCAUUACCAGGCAAUGCGGCUUCGUCAGCAUUUCGGUGUACAGCUUCCGGGCUCGCGUCUUCCCCACCAUGUUUUGCCUUCCGUCGCGGUUAGGAGCCUUCUGAACCUUGUAUGUACGCAGGCCCUCCCGCUGCUUGGUCCGCUGGACGAAUGAACUUGACAAAUUCAGCUUAUUGGCGACAUUCCGGACCGAACUUCUCGGGUCACGUCUAAACUGCUUAACUACGCGCUUGUGAUCUUCACUGACGGAGCAUCCAUUUUUGCCGUUCUUCACCUUCCGGUCGAUGGUUAGGUUCUCGAAGUAUCGUUUUAGUACUCUGCUGACCGUGGAUUGGACGAUUCCCAGCAUCUUACCGAUGUCCCGAUGUGACAACUCCGGAUUCUCGAAAUGAGUGCGCAGGAUUAAUUCACGACGCUCUUUUUCGUUCGACGACAUUUUUCCAAAUUUACGAAAAAUUGACAGUGAAGCAUGGCCAACGUGAUCUAUACACUCUUAUCUGAUUAUAAGCGAAAGCUGAAGAUAUAAUUCCUAAAAAUUAAAUUUCUACAGCGUUUUUUCCGUGAUGCAAUUUUAUGUGACACACCCUUUAUAUGCCAACAGUACGGGGAGCGCGGUAGCGCUCUUCUCGUUUUAUGUUAAUAUUUUUGACUUGGCACCUUUUAACGUAGGAUUUCGUUUUUCGGGGAUAUUAGUAAAAGAGGACUUCACGCACUUUGUGCAGCAAAUGACAAUUGAGGGGCUUACAAUGCAAGGGGUGUAAGCGAUUUGAUCGAUUUCUCUCCAUCAACUUUUUCUUUCGUGAAUAACUCAGCGCACAAAAACGUUCCAAUUUGAUUUUGCUAUAGAAACCGAUAAUUGAGGUUCUGAUCUAUCGUCCACAUUGUCAAAUAAGCUGGGAAUGUGUUUGCAGUUGAGUUAUGAUCAAAAGAGAAAGUCGAUAAAGAGAAAUCGAUCAAGGCACUUACACCCAUUGCAUUCUAAGCCCCUCAAUUACGUAUGAAAUUGUGUAAAUAUAAUAUUCUCAUUAUUUGAAAAAAUAAUACAAAUAAGGAAUUUAAUGUUAAUAAAUUUCAUAAAACUCACUUUUUAUGUGUGUUUUUUUCAUUAAUACAACUUUUGUGACUAAUCAGUUUGCCGCGUUCUUUAGUAUUUUUUAAAAAAUACCCAAACUCAUCCGCAUUUUUGGCAUAUGCUUAGAAAAUUUGCUCCGCACUCAUACGGUUAAAAAUUAAAAUUAAUUUUUCUCAAAAAAGUGUUUUUUUAAAUUCUCAAAAAAAUUAUAUGAAUAGCCCUCAUACAAUUUCCAACAAGUCGUCCAUACAUCGGAAGAUGGGCACCAUCACAGGGAAAAGGUUUUUCUAGCAACUUUUUCAAAAAUUACAACUAAUCCUAUUUUUGUUUAAAGUCAAGAUAGCAAUAUAGUGUUGUAUUCAACAAAGUUUUAGAUCUUAUUAAAAUAUGAACUUUCGUCAGAGACGUCAACUUUCUAUCUUUCAUAGUUUCUGGAAUAUAGGGCAUUUUGGUAAGGAGACCGCUGAAAAAAAUAAAGCUUUACUCGAUACAUUUUUGUGUGUAAAUUCUCGCGUUUGACAUAUUCUUGACAUGUUUCUGUUUACAAAUGUUACAAAUUAAACAUUAAUAGUAAUUUUUCAAAGAAAACAUGAAGUUGAUUAUUCCAAAACCUUUUUUCCUGUAAAAGUGUAUUCCGAUGUAUGAUUGACUUGUUGGAAAUUGUUUGGGCUAUUCAUAUCUAUUUUUUUAGAAUUCUAAAAAAACAUGUUUUCGGGAAAAAAUUAAAUUGAAUUUAAAUUUUCAAUAUAUUUUUUUUCUCAAUGAAUUUAUUCCAACAAAUUACUUGAUAUUUUCUAAUGAAAAUAUAAAUAAUUUCCUACAUUUCAUUCUUUGACUGAUAUUUUGUGGGUCUGAUAGAUAAUGAUGAGAUUGCAAAAAAUACAUAGUCGACCAUUUUGUGCCGGCGACCUUUCUGAAUUUAUGUUGUUUAUAAUGUAGUUUGUUCUCUAAGUUAAGUCCAUUCAUUUGAUACAAAUAUCCAAAUUAACAAUUUUUAAACUAAUGUGAAAUGAGCCAUUUUGUAGCCGCCGUCAUCUUGGAUUUUCAAGAUCUUGAAAUACCCAGUUUUAUAAUGACUGCAGAGGUAAAGGUGUGUUCCAAGUUUCAGAUUAAGUCAAAAGGUACGGGGUCAAAUUUUUAUUAAUGAGGGACAACCCUACAGACAUACAAACACGCAUACAAGCAGGUCAAGUUGAAUGAAACCGUUCAAAAAAGUAAUUGGCUAUUUUGUACCUGCGGCCAUCUUGGAAAUGAAUUUUCUAUAAAUAGAUGUGAUCUACUGGUCAAACCCCUUCAUUUGAUACCUAUUUUGAUGGGGUUUGUUAUGAGAAAAUAGGUAAUUCGCCAUUUUGAAUUGGCAUUUUCAUGAAUAACUGUGUUUUACUGGGCAAGCCCUUUCAUUCGAUACCCAUACUGAUGGAGCUUUGGAAAAAAUAUAUAUAUCAUCAUUUUGUUGUGGCGACCGUUUUCGAUUUGCAUUCCUCAUGUAUAACUGUGUUCUAUUAGUCAAGCCCUUUCAUUUGAUACCCAUAUUGAUGGAGUUUUGAGAGAAUUGGUAAUCCGCCAUUUUGUAGCGGCCGCCAUCUUGGAUUUUUAAGCUAAUGGAAUACGCAGUUUUAUAAUAAUUGCAGAGAUGAAUGAAGAAAGGUAUUGUAUUAUAGAGACUUUAAACUUUUGCAGUUCAUUCGUCUCUAGCCUUGAGAAAGGCCCUUUGAAAACUCUACUCUAUUCUACUCCAGCGCUACCACCUCCGCCCUCUUGCCUUGAGAAAGGCACUGGAUCCCUCGCCGUCCAGCCCGUCCAGCAACGAUGUUGUCCAGUCGGUGUCCACACAAAGAAUGAGUGAGAGAUGAAGGUGUUUCAAAUUUCAGAUCAAUCGGUCAACAGGAAGGGAAUCAAAUUUCUAUUAAUGUGGUACAGCGCUACAGACAAACAUGUUACAAGGCAAGCUAAAAACCGUUUAAAUAAUGUACAACUGUCAUGUUGAAAUAAUUUUUUGCUAUUUUUUCUUUGCCUACCACUACAUGAAAAAAGCGGGGAGUAAUAUACCUGGUAGAAUAAGAUUGUGUACGCGGGCAACGAGGUACAUGUCAGGGCGGAGAAGUAGUUGUGGAUUGAAGCCAGGUUAGAUGAAGAUGCAGAUUUGUAUUUAUUCGUUACGUCAAUUAGAAUUACCUUUUGCCAGAAUUGAAUUGACAAGAAAUUAAUUGAAGAGCGAGGACGACUGAUGUUGUUGUUGUCAUGUUAUUAGGUUGAAAUAACAUGACAACGUUCGUUUCAAUGUGGACAAUGUGGGUAUAAAUUAUUGGCUAUAAAAAAAGCCACUCACGAUUCAGCAGAUUCAGCAGCAUCCAACUAGCGGCCAGCCUGCAGCGAGGCUUCCUAAUCGCCUUUCUCAAGGCCGAGAGUAGUUUAAGUUAAGAUAUGUUAAGAGAGUCACCGUUAGAGCAUCCAUAUCCUAAUACACAGCAUGUGACAGGGUCAAACAUGUCCUGUCACUCGCGUGAACUGCCAAAAUCUCAAACUGUGUAAAUCAAGACUCUUAAAAAUAUACUUAUCUUCGAAUAGAGCUUGCUCCUGUACUACUUCCAUACGCCGCUCUCCUAAUCCACUUAUCAACCAAACGGUCGCACCAUAAACCAUAGAAUCGUCUUGACUUCGCGGAUUAGUUUGGCGAUGACUGCUAAGUUGACGGCACAAUCAUGACUCGUAGAUCAUAGCUUCUUAGCUGGGGCCUUAAGGGAGAAGUGAGGUAUGCAAAGUAAUGAAAAGCGAAUUUAUUCUUUUAUUUUUUUCCCGAUAGAGAACUCAUCUGAGCUUGAGCUUGAGUGUGUUCGUGAAUUCGAGCAUUAUUUCCGGUUAAUUAAUAUUCCGGCCUCAAAUGCGCUACACUUUGACGCCCCUUUUGAAUCGGAAAACAAUGCUCCAAUUCACGAACACUCUCCUAAACUAACCAAGCUCUCUCCCGGUCAAAAAAAAUAAAU